UCCAGCCUGCUUUGAAGCAUGAGUUCCCAGCAGCAGAAGCAGCCCUGCGCCCCACCCCCCCAGACUCAGCAGCAUCAGGUGAAACAGCCCUGCCAGCCUCCACCACAGGAAACAUGCGCCCCCAAAACCAAGGAGCCAUGCCACACCAAGGUGCCAGAGCCCUGCCACACCAAGGUUCCAGAGCCCUGCCACACCAAGGUGCCAGAGACCUGCCACACCAAGGUUCCUGAGCCCUGCCACACCAAGGUGCCAGAGCCCUGCCACACCAAGGUUCCGGAGCCGUGUCCCUCAAAGGUCGUUCUGGAGCCAGCCCAGCAGAAGACCAAGCAGAAGUGAUGUGGUCCACAACCAAACCCUUGAGAAGCCGACCACCAGACGCUGAUUCUCCUCCCCCAUUCUGCUUAUGCAUCCCAUUUACAGUCAGCAUGAUGUCACUCUGAGUCCUAACCCCUCCCUCUUUUCACCCUCUAAAAAGAUGUCCCUCACACUUACUCCUGAGCCUCUGAAUAAGGCUGAAAGUCUCACUGGCCGAGCUAGUUUUCUAGCUUUUCAGGGCCCAUUGAAGAGGGAUUUAGGGGGAAUCAAGUGAAUUUUCCCUGCUCUGCCCCCAUUAAAUCACUUUUAACUCCA